CAGCGAUGGAAGGCCAGGUUGCCAGGCUGGAGAUUCUGGCCAGACAAAGACUGGGUGUGCCGAAGUAGCGGGGUGCGGACCCUGACAGGAGACCCGUAGGUGGCGCUGGGCAUCAGGCAGGACGAAGGACAGCCCUGCGGUCUCGCGAGCCGCCGCCGUUUGAAAACAACAGUUGGGGCGCCGCCGCCACCGCCGCCGCCGCCACUCUGCCCGGGCGCCCGCCCUGCUCUCGUCCUGACGCGGCGUGGCGCCUCCGGGGAGCAGCGCGAGGCUGGCGGACGCGCCGGCUCAGAGCGACUAGCGAUCCUCGGCCAGCUGGGGCGUCUGGAGUCGGGGCCAGCGCCAGCAUGUCGCUGCCUCCGGAGAAAGCGUCCGAGCUGAAGCAGCUCAUCCACCAGCAGCUGAGUAAGAUGGAUGUCCACGGCAGAAUAAGAGAAAUCCUGGCCGACACCAUACGGGAAGAGUUGGCGCCUGACCAGCAGCAGUUAUCAACAGAAGAUUUGAUCAAAGCCCUCAGACGUCGGGGGAUCAUCGAUGACGUGAUGAAGGAACUUAACUUCGUUACUGACAAUGUUGAUCAAGAACUCCCUCCCUCCCCGAAACAACCUGUCUGUUUUACUGACAAACAAUCAACGUUGUUAAGAAAAACUAAUAUUGAUCCAACACGGAGGUAUCUUUACCUUCAGGUUUUGGGUGGAAAAGCUUUCUUGGAACAUCUGCAAGAACCUGAGCCCUUGCCUGGACAAGUCUGUUCAACUUUUACUUUAUGUUUACACUUUCGAAACCAACGUUUUCGUUCUAAACCCGUUCCAUGUGCCUGUGAACCAGAUUUUCAUGAUGGCUUUUUACUUGAAGUCCACAGAGAAAGUUUAGGUGAUGGAACUAGGAUGGCUGAUUCAACAACAAUGUUAUCAAUAAGUGACCCAAUUCAUAUGGUAUUAAUCAAGACAGAUAUAUUUGGCGAGACCACUUUAGUAGCAUCAUAUUUCCUCGAAUGGCGGUCAGUUUUGGGUUCAGAAAACGGAGUAACCAAUCUUACAGUGGAACUUAUGGGUGUAGGUACAGAAUCCAAAGUUUCUGUGGGAAUUUUAAAUAUAAAACUUGAGAUGUAUCCAACACUCACUCAAACAUUAUCUCAGGAAGUAGUGAACACACAGCUUGCUUUGGAGCGACAGAAAACUGCAGAGAAAGAGCGAUUAUUUCUUGUUUAUGCCAAGCAGUGGUGGAGAGAAUAUUUGCAGAUUCGACCAUCACACAACUCACGUCUGGUUAAGAUUUUUGCACAGGAUGAAAAUGGAGUGAAUCGACCAGUCUGUUCCUAUGUUAAACCACUUCGGGCUGGGCGACUUCUGGAUACUCCAAGGCAAGCGGCAAGAUUUGUUAAUGUCCUUGGUUAUGAAAGAGCCCCUGUUAUUGGAGGAGGAGGUAAACAGGAGCAGUGGUGCACUCUGCUGGCCUUUCUCUGUAGAAACAAGGGUGAUUGUGAAGAUCAUGCUAACCUUCUGUGCAGUCUUCUGCUUGGAUAUGGAUUAGAAGCCUUUGUCUGUGUUGGGACUAAGGCAAAAGGAGUACCUCAUGCCUGGGUUAUGACUUGUGGAACUGAUGGAACCAUUACUUUUUGGGAGAGCUUAACAGGACACAGGUAUAUCCACAAACCUGUCAAUCCUGCUGAGUCUCCAGUUGCUGAGCAGCCCAAACCAUUGUACCCAUAUCGAACGAUUGGUUGUGUUUUCAAUCAUCAGAUGUUCUUGGGGAAUUGUCAGCCCUCUGACUCAGUAGAAAUUUGUGUAUUUGACCUGAAUGAUGAAUCCAAAUGGAAGCCCAUGAGUGAAGAAGCAAUCAAAUCUGUGUGCGCUCCGGGAGCCACAACAUCUCUCCCUCCCUUCCCGCCACUGUGUGCGUCCACGAUUGACGCUUCUGUGACAAGUAAUGAAAUAGAAAUGCAGCUAAGACUACUAGUAUCAGAGCACAGGAAGGAUCUUGGCCUCACUACAGUUUGGGAAGACCAGCUUUCCUAUCUUUUGUCACCGGCUUUGGCUUCUUAUGAAUUUGAGCGAACCACAAGUAUAUCUGCAGGCAAUGAAGAAUUCCAAGAUGCCAUAAGAAGAGCUGUACCUGACGGCCACACAUUUAAAGGAUUUCCAAUCCACUUUGUGUAUAGAAAUGCAAGACGAGCAUUUGCCACAUGUCUUAGGUCUCCAUUCUGUGAAGAAAUAAUCUGUUGCCGUGGAGACCAAGUGCGACUGGCAGUUCGCGUCCGAGUGUUUACUUACCCCGAAUCUGCAUGUGCUGUUUGGAUCAUGUUUGCUUGUAAAUAUCGCUCGGUAUUGUAAGGCUAAUAUUUUUCUAAGAAAGUAGCCUGGGUUUUGUUGGAAUUUUACACAUUGUACAUUACUGACUGUUUUGAGGUUCCUUAUUUUAAAGUCACAAUCUAGUUGUCAUAGUUCAGUGUUGUAUAUAUCUGUAGUAUUUGGAAAUAAUCAUGAAGUGUGCAUUUAAAAAUUAAGGAUGAAAAAUAUGUAUAGAUUUAAGCGGCAUUUAGUAUAAAUUAAGUAUAUAUUCUAUUUUAAUAAAUGCUAAUUUGCUUACAGGUACUCAGUAGUUUGAAUAAGUAGUUUUCUUUGCAAUAACCAGUGAAAUACUUAUUUAGGGGUUUAAAUCAUAUUAUGAUCAUUAUUUUUCAUGGAUUAAUGGGGCUAUUUUGUACAAAUUAAGAGAAAUAAACCUUUCUGCAAACUUAAUCAUCACACAGAUAAGAAUGUGCUUUUAUUGUUUAUCUGUGCCAUAGGGAUAUUUUAGGCUUUCUAGAGACAUAUGGAAAAGUUUGACACAAGAGUAGGAAAAACUAAUAGCAGAAAAGCAUAAAUAUUAAUCUUAUAAAAAGUAAUUUAUAAAUAUUUGUUCUGUUUGUUGAAAAUGACUUGCAUAUUUCGGAAGAAGUCAUCAUACCCUUCUGUUAGGAAGCUGAUAAAUUGUUCUCUGUGAUCAAUAUUGAUAACAAACUUUUUUCUUUUUGAGCUCAGCUCUGGUUUAUGGUGCCCAGGAUUGCACCUGGGCCCUAGAGCCCUCAGGCAUGAAGGUCUUUUCUGUAGCCACUGUGCUCUCUCCUGACUGCUAAUUCAGUUUGAAAGUCUGCUGCUGGCUUUCUGUUGUCAGGGGAAUUCAUACACUGAUAUCUCUUUGUUGAUUCCUUGUUCUGAAGCCAAAUGUUUUCUGUCUUUUGAUCGCGGUAAAAACAUCAGUGUAUUGUGACUAAUAUGUGUUAAAUCAAAAUCAUUGCCAGAGACCACUGAAAACAAACCUACGUGUUUCCAUGCUGAUCUUUGUUUUAAAACUGAGUUGGCUUUGAAAGUGGUCAUUGAAAAGAUCACAGCGGUUUGAUUUUGUGGGUAACUUCUGAAUAUAAGUGAUCGGCUGAGGAACACUGACUGUUGAUCAGCUGCUUCAUCCUUUGUCUUGCUGAGAAGGUGACUGUGUUCCAGAUGGCUGUGCAGGUUCUGUUCAUCACAUAAUUCCACUAUUGCAGAGAAAUGAUUUAAAUGGCUUUACAAAAUUAAAAUGUAAACUCACUCUAUUAUUUACUUUGUUUAUUUUUAUCUAUGACAAAUAUUUAUUAUUUAACUUAUUCAAAAGUUCUGAGAUUACUUGACUGUUUUUUUUGAAAGCUGUAAUCAGAUGUUUCUUGUGAAACUUAUAUAACGUUAGAGGAUUUGCAAAAUAAGAAAAUGAUUUGAUUCUGUUGCCGUUAUUCCUAAAGAGAAAAUGACUCAUAUAAUUUUCAGCUUUUGGAACUAUUUAAGUGCCACAUAUUAAGCAAAUUCAGUAAGAUCAAGACUGUAUUUUUGAGGCUGGGCUUUCUGCCCUACUGUAUCUGAAUGACAUAGGUACAGGCAUUAGCAUAAAUUCUAAAAUAAAUCUGCUUUUUAUGCA